GAACCUGCAAAGCAGACGACGACAGCAGCUGACUGCAGCGCGACUAGGCCAGUCAUGAAUUCUCGGCGCAAGCAGAAGAACGGCGUAAGCGCUUACGAAAGCGUGCAAGACGUCCGGAAAGCCAGGAACGCACGAGAAAGAUUUCGUCACAGAACUGUGAUGCGGCGCCUUGAUGAUCUUGUCUCCCGUGUUCCACUUAAGAAAGAUGUCUUCAAAACCAAGGCAUCCCAACUCAGGAGGGCAGUCGAGUACUUCCACUACCUGGAACACACUAUCGAAGCCAUCUGCGAAGAGCGAGACAUUCCCUUGCCACGAGACUACCAGAUGUUCCUGGCAAAUCGAAGUUGCCUGUCAGGAGAAAGCAGCGAGCGUCCCACAACCCGUGUACAAAGGGCGACUGCUUCUAAAGAGGUGCCCUGCACCCAAGUGAAACCUAGCUGUGACGAAGCGCUUGUCCCGGACCUGCAGUUCCCGCCAGACAGUGACGUCAGCUUUGAGCAAGAGACACACGAGUGGGAAAUUUACGGCAUAUCGCAGGAGGACUGGAUGGCUGCGGGAUCGUCACAGCAGAGCACUCCAGCAACCCCUGACCAAGCAGUUCCGACAGGGCCAAAAAAGACCUUCGUGGACGUCGUCUACGACAGCAUAGCGUCAGCACCACUGAAGGAAGCGCCUGAAUAUUUUGUCAUCUCUGCCGCUGGCGACGUGACCUCUCUAGGGAAAUUGCCGUGACAGCCUAAACAUUAAUGCAUUUGACCAAAUGCCAGGUGAAGCUUUUAGGAGGCAGCCUGAUUCCACUUCUGUUGUUUGAUUGCCUUAGUCACUAGUGGACGUUUUGUCUGUUUUUAAUAUUUCCUUUGGGAUCCUGGUGAUAAUUUUUCUAUAUUGGUGUUUCUGUUCACGCUAUGUCUACAGUGAGCUGCAUUUCUUUUCUGACAGUUUUAAAAGAUCUAGAGCAUACCGCUGCUUCGUUCUUACUCAAAUUUUGUAGUAAGACAUUGCAUUUCUUGGUCUGCGUCUUUCGUUAGCACGCUUGGCAUCAUUUAUUGCCCGAAUUGUCUCAGCUUUUAAUUUCCAACAGGCAGGAACCUACAUUCCUGCGGCAGCUUCGCUUCUCUGAUGGCAAUGUGCAAAUGCAUUGGUUGUUUUACAUUUUUUUAACUGAAAAACAAACAAGAAUACCAAGUGCUUUACCGAAUGAUGCAGACCAACAAAUGCAAUUGUGUCGCAAAAUCUGAGUGAGAACAAAGCAUCUACACUUGUAAAACCGGCUUUUAAGGAUUUUCGAAUAAAAGCGCGAGUCACCGUAAAGCAUAGCUGUAGCUCGUUACUUAAUGCAGGCUGUGUUUGUAUCUUUAGAUUAUUGUACAGCUUAUUCUAGUUUCCUUAUCUUUUGAUGUUUGGAUGCUCAGCUUUCAUGAAGAAUAUUUUAUCUUUAAGAUUGUUAUAUCACUUGUCACAUUUUAGCUUUUCUUAUCUUUAGAUUUUGUAGACACAAAUGUUUCAUGCAGCAAAGGCUGGUUGCGUACUGCACAUAUAUGCAACGUCUACUGAUUCGCACGUAGUUCAAUGUGUUUAUUGAGAUCCAUGUUCUAUAUUGAUGUGGUUCCACGUAUUGUACAGAUGCAUUGUGGGUUUGCUGUACUCUUCCUUGUACAGGAGCAUCCUUUUUAGAGGAUGACAACUUUUUUCGACUUUAUUUUUUUUAUACCUCUAGCACACAUAAAUGCGAGAUGCAAUUCUGUGAUGUGGUGAUUUGUGAAGGGUUUGAUGGCGUGUAUGUGUUUCUUGUGGCAAGUUUGGUGACUCCUUAUCCCAAUGGGACAACUUAUUCUUAUUUAAGCAUUGGUUGGACCAUAUAUUGUAAAAAGUAGGUAAUUCAAAGGUAGCCACUGAUAUAGCCAGGUAGUCGCCUAGUACUGUCAUUACCUGGCUUAGUGUUGAAUAUGUAUUUAUGGUUUCUCUGACGAACGUUCCUGUGCAGCUGGUUGACUAUGCGCACUUUUUAAGCUGUCCUUCAUUCAUUAUUUAUUGCACAUUCAUUUCUAGGAAUAUUUUACGCUGUUAUAAGUACAUAAAGUGCACCUCAGUGUUGAAACUUUAUGUAGUAUACGAUAUCUCUAACGAAAGUUCCUUUGUAGCUUGUUGAGUUCACACAGUUUUUUAAGCUGUCCAUCUUUAAUUAUUUAUUGCACAUUCAUUUCUAGCAAUAUUUUACAGUGUUAUAUUUAUAUAUGUAAAGUGUAUAUAAGUGUUGAAACUGUAUCUAGUAUAUUAUAUCUCUGACAAAAGUUCCUUUGUAGCUUGUUGAGUGUACACAAUUUGUUAAGUUGCCCUCCUCUAGUCAUUGCACGUUCAUUUUUAGAGCCUUUAAAACCUUCUCUUUGGUUUCAAGCCAGUAGAAGUCUUUUGUCCAUUCUUUGCAAGCUGGCACAAAAUUUACUUUCAUGUCGAUUGGUUUCUGAAAGGAACUGCGGCAUAAAAUGCAGUUCGAGGUGAUGACAGGGUUUUCUUGUCUUUAAAAAUGUGCCCAUGACUCUACACGUGUUUGGCACAGUCGCGUGAAAUGUAAAGUAGUUCACUUCCUGGCAACCAGGCAAUUGUUGUGCAAGUUAUAUGUUUUGUCAGUUUCCUGCUCAAAAUAAUUUAUGAAAUGUGUGUUACUAUUUAUAGGCUACUGUGUAAUUUAUUUAUUAAGAAUAAAUUUGUA